AGACAAACGACGCCUGCUCUUCGACGCCGCCGCCCCACGUGUCUCUACCUUCACCGCGCGUCGCAGGAGAAACUCAACGCGCCGCCAAAGCUCUCACUCCGGAGAUCACCGAAUUGUGUCGCAUGCGCGUCUGCAGGAUGUGCUUCACUUGAACAUAGGGCUGGCCGUCACAUCCUCCAGACCUGCGUCACCCGCUCGGUGCCACGCUAUUGUUCCUUUCAUCGGCUCAACUAGUCACCCUCCCCUCUCGACGCAACACGAUCGCGACCAGCCCGCCCAUCGCUGACAGCUCAUCGCUGGCAUUGCGCCCAACAUGUCCUCCGUCUGGAACCCCGACAACGUGCGAGAUGUGGCCGAGUCGGUGGGCAUCGCCUCACUCGCCGACAACGUCGUUGAGGAGUUGGCCCGCGAUGUCGACUUCCGGCUUGCGCAGGUACUGGAGGAGGCGCUGAAGUUCAUGCGACACGGCAAGCGGACGACGUUGAGCACACAGGAUGUGUCCAACGCACUCAAGGUGUUGAAUGUGGAGCCCCUCUACGGAUACGAGUCCACUCGACCGCUGCGUUUCGGCGAGGCUUCCUUGGGGCCUGGCCAGCCGUUGUACUAUGUCGAGGAUGAAGAGGUCGAUUUUGAGAAGCUGAUCAAUGCGCCGCUGCCCAAGGUGCCACGAGAGAUCACGUUCACAGCUCACUGGCUCGCCGUUGAAGGCGUGCAACCAUCGAUACCCCAGAACCCAACUGCGAUCAACCAGGGCGACCUCCUACCCAAGGGCACGAACGCGAAUCCGCAUCUCGCAGCGGCCAAUGGACUGGACAACGUCAACGUCAAGCCGCUGGUGAAACAUGUGCUUUCUAAAGAAUCGCAGGAGCUGUUUGCGAAGCUCUCAGGUGCACUCAUCGACGAGACGAACAUCGAGUGGCAGAACGCAGCCCUCGCAGCCAUUCGAACAGAGCCCGGUAUCCACCAGCUCACAACCUACCUCCUCACGUUCAUUGCUGAGAAGGUCACACACAACGUCAAGAACCUAUUCGUACUGCAGCAGAUGAUGCAAGCUACCAGCGCACUUCUGGACAAUCAAGCCAUAUACUUGGACCCCUAUGUCGCCUACAUGGUCCCACCUGUCUUGACGUGUUGCACGGGCAAGCAUCUAGGACCAAUAACACAAACAGCGUCCUCGAACGCCUCAUCAGAAACGCUCAAUGGUAUUGGAGCGAACAGCCACUCGAACGGCCCAGAUCAUUUCAGAUUACGGCAGCUGGCUGCGUCCAUCCUCAGCCGCAUUUGCCAGAAGUACGGAUCCUCUAACCAGGGGCUGAAGUCGCGAAUUGCGAGGACUUGUCUCAGACAGUUCAUGGACGUUGGAAAGCCGCUCGGUACACACUAUGGUGCAUUAAUAGCGUUGCUCAUCAUCACCAGCAACGAGGGUACAAAGAUGCUUGUUUUACCAAAUCUGAAGAUCUACAACGACGACGUGCUCAAGGGCGCACUGGCGAGUGAGGGCAAGAAGAAGGAUGCAGAGCGAGUACUUGCUGUCGUGGUUGAAGCCAUCAAAGGGCUCGGCAAGAACACGCCAGCAACGAUGAGCAAUGGCGUCGCUGAUAUUGAGGGACUGAGAGAGCGUCUGAACGAAAAGGUCGGCGACAUCAUCGCUGAUCAGAUUAUUGCCAACAAGCUCUCAGCGGCUGCGCAGGUCAUUUUGGAGACGGACGUGAACAUCUGAGUGGACAGGAAGGCGUUGGCUGCAAGCAUUACGGGCGUUGGGAGGGGCCUUGGAUGAUACCAUAUCUGUAACGAAUAGCAAAAGCGUCUGCCUACUGGAGUCUGGAAGAA